ACAGAAGAAGAUUCCCUAGGAACGGGCCGCAGAACUCGGACAAGUCAUGGGACCUACGUAGACCGGUUGUCAGCACACUUUACAGCCUGGUUUCCAUACAAAGGUGAUGUUAUCAUUUCUGUUGUUGUCAGAAUAGUAGUUUAAACCGAAUACUUAGACAACACAGCAGCAGACGGUUGUAGUUCCAUCAUGGCCAACGAAAUGUUUUCCCUCAUGAGUCUCGAAGACGAACUGAGCUGUAGCAUCUGCCUCUGUGCUUUCGACUGUCCGGUGACAAUUCCAUGUGGACACAACUUUUGCCAAGCGUGUCUCCUAGAAACAUGGAAAGACAACUACAGCUGUCCACAAUGCCGUACCCACUUCACCACCAAACCAGAGCUGAAGAAGAACACCGUUCUCAGCACUGUUGUGGAAACGUUCAAAAUGAAGUCGAAUAAAAGCGACCUCCCCAAUGAGAUGGGCGACUUAAUCAAGUGGGAUGCGGUCAAGUUGGAGCCCAAAGAGGUGGUUAUCUUGUGCGACACCUGUAUGGAAGCCAAAGCAUUCAAGACCUGCCUCACCUGUAUGGCGUCAUUCUGCCUUGAGCACGUGAGGCCUCAUCAUGAGAAUCCAGUGUUUGGCGCGCAUCAGCUGAACGAGCCUCUGGGUGACCUGCGCGACCGUAUCUGCCCCGACCACCACAAGCUGAUGGAGUUCUACUGUGUCCAACAUGGCCGCUGUAUCUGUGGUGUCUGUCUGCAGCAGGUGCAUAAAGGCUGUACCUUCUCCAACCCUGAUGAACAACGGGCACUGCAAGAGUCUGAUUUGAGGGGCAAGUUGAGUCUGCUGGAUGGAAAGAUUGACAAGAACCAGACGGUCAUCUCUCAGAUGAGUGACCAGCAGAGCAAGUUGAAGGACUCUGCAGCCAGCAGGAAGAGAGCGCUAGAGGAUGACUACCGCCAAAUCCGGGAGCUGCUGGACCGUGACGAGCGUGAGGCUCUGAACACUGUGGACCGCGAGCAGGAGAGCGGUCAGACCAAACUCCAGAACCUCAUAAAGAAGUUCAACCAGAACAUUGUGAAGCUUAGCGCAGCAAAAGAUGGCGUCAACAGCCUGCUCAGUCAGACUCAGACCGUGGCUUUCCUACAGGCCUCAGUUGACAUGCCGGCAGUGGUGGCCUUUGACCCCUAUACCCCAAAGGUGAACCUGGACUCUAAGGCCGUGGCAGCCUGGCAUGCCUACUCUGCAGUCCUGAGGGAGCAUCUCACACAUGUACUGAAACAGCCUGUAGAGACCAGACUGCAGAUACUCAAACCAGCUGAGAGGUUUGCUCCUCUGCUGCCAAACUUCUAUGAAAUGGGAGGCAUGCCACCACAAGGUCAUCCGAGAGUGCCUAGAUCCCACAGCCCAGGAGCUCCCCUCAGGGCAAACCAGAAGAAGCCUCCACAAGAUUCAAACCGAGAGAGAAAGUCGGACAAGAAACGAGAUCACAAGGAAUGGAAAGAACAUAAGGCUGACAAAAAUUCCCAAAAGCCACCUAAUGCUCCCAGAGAGUCCGCCACUCCUGUUCCACACACACCAAGGGACCACCCCAGAGGACAAUCAGCAGAACCCAGGAACAGGGAGGACCCAGGACAAGCAAGUGUUCCCCCAAGUAUCACGUCUGCAGCAAAACGAAAUGACCUUCUACGAUAUGGCACCGUUCUCACCCUUGACCCCAAAACGGCCCACAAGCGCAUCUCCCUGACAGAGAACAUGACCAUGGCCUCUGUGUCAGACGAGCCCACCCAUUACCCCGAUGGCCCCGCCCGCUUCUCUGUCUGCAGCCAGGUGCUCACUUCCAAGGGCUUCUCCCGUGGCCGUCACUACUGGGAGGUUAAGAUGAGCAGCAACAACUUCACCGGCAUCGGCCUGGCCUACAACAGCAUUGACCGGAAGGGUCCGGCUAGCCGGCUGGGGCGUAACGCCCAGUCCUGGUGCGUGGAGUGGUUCAACGUCAAGCUGUCGGCCUGGCACGCCAGCAGUGAGACUGUACUGCAGAACCCGAAUCCGAUCCGCGUCGGCGUGCUUUUGGAUUGUGAGGAGGGAACGGCCACUUUCUAUAACGUUCAGGACCGGGCAUACCCUUUCCAUACGUUUGUGUUCCAGUUCGCGGAGGCAGUGUACCCGGCAUUCUGGCUCUUCUCCAGCGGCUCGUCUGUUAGCCUGUGCAAGCUGCAGUCUUAAGAAGUUGACA